AUGCCCCUACCUCCUGCAAUGCGUAUACUAACAAAAGCAAUGCUUUGGGGCAUGUUACACCCAUUUUGGGAUCAAACUACCCUCCACAUACGCUUGCUUCUCAUCCCUAUAAGCUACUACAGCAAUAUGCACGAAAAUGUCACUCUUGCUCCACCAUCUAGCAGGCUAUGUUCAUCAGAAGAAAUGGAGAUGGUGGUAGAAGGAGGGAUUUUGUUAAAUUAUACUAUAGGCAAGGAAACAGAUAUAGUAGAGUUUAUUAAAGGUUCAAACGGGGUUUGGGGUUUUAUUGUUAGCACCAUUAUUCCACAUAACACGAAAGCCAUCUUGUAUUUUUCGGAAGACACCUUUAUUUGCUGUACUACUGACGUCAUGGCAGCGUUUUCGCUACCGAGGGAAAGCGUGCACGAUGUUUGCAAUGCUCUAUUCGAAGCUACAGGUAAACCCAGGGACAUCCUCAAAGACCUGUGCGAACCGCAUAACCACGUAUCCAACAAUAAAAUGAAAAAUUUUCGAGACCUCCUGAGUAAGCAUGGUGAUAUAUUCGAAUUACAAGGGUCUAAGCAGGAAGCACCAAACGUUGUCGUAAUUAUAUUCGAGUCCGGCGAAGCUAGAUUGGUUUUACAGCCGCUCGGAUACCUGCCACACAUUGCUGGAAGAGGUGUACCAUCUGGUGAAAGAAAUGACCAAAGACAAAUUCACAGAGCCACCACAGGCCCCAUGGAUCGUACCAAUUCCUCUAGUAAAAGGACAGAAAUCGGCGGUUGUGCGGCUAUCAAACUGCCUACAUUGGUCAGCUUGGUUCUUUAUUCUAGAAUUUAA